AUGAACAAACACUUUGCUAAAGUCAUCGACCCUGUUGCCAUAGCAACGGGUAUCGUCGGGAACGCCCUCUUGGCGGUAGUCUUCCUCAUCACCCCGCUUCGACUCCGGCCUCUGAGUCACACCCUGGCCGGACUGGGCGUGGUCGACCUCUUGUACACGUUGUCCUGCAUGCUCGUGUACCUCACCAACAAAGGCGUGCAGGUGUACAGAGUCCCGGGGGCGUGCCAGAUUACCACGUUCACUCUCGUGUUUUCAAAAUCUGUGGAGGCGUGGUACAUCUUCAUUUCACAUUUAAGUAAGUCAGAGUUUCAGUAAAUUUACUACAUACUUGAACCUAAAACAAAACCUUGCACUAACCCUAACACUAUUACUAAACCAAGCUCUGUUCCUAACACUAACCCUAACACUAUUACUAAACCAAGCUCUGUUCCUAACACUAACCCUAACACUAUUACUAAACCAAGCUCUGUUCCUAACACUAACCCUAACACUAUUACUAAACCAAGCUCUGUUCCUAACACUAACUGAUAAAAUAAUUUAUUUUUUAACUCAUUCGGAAACAAAGAUAUUUUUUUCUUCUACUAUUACCUCAAAGUGUGUAUUUACUGAUCAAAGAUAUGUAUUGUUCUAACACUUGAGCUAUGUAUUUUAACGCUUACAAUGACCGCCAUCAUGUCAAACUAUAAAACGAUCUUGUUGGACUCCUCAGAUCGCCUCAACGCCCACACAAACUCGAGCCGAGAGAGCAGAAAGAGGCGAGUGUUCAACACAAAGUUUGCUGUAUUCCUGGUGGCCCUACUUGUGGCGGCCCCAUUGUUGCACGUGCUCUGG